UUGUGUUGUUUUUCAAAUGUCAGUGAUUGUGCAGGACGAGUUGUAUUUCAUCUGACAACGUUUUCCAUAUGGCAGCAGCCCGACAUACACUGUUAAAGGCGAUGUUCGGUGAAUUUAGGAUACUAAACACCUGGCUAUUCUCGCGAGACCUGGGAUUAGUAUAUACUUUUUGCAGCCAAAUAACCGGACACACGGCGUCCAAUUGAGAUAAUAAGUUACAUUUAGGGUUGUUGUUCAGAGUGUAAACCGGUCAACAUGCCAGAGUUCAGAGUCCUCUUAAUCGAUUUCUAACCGUUACUUAUUAAGUGAGUUUUAGUCUGCGCUUCAGGGAAAUAACUCGAGGCUUCGGUGUAGACAAACGUUACUUUGUAAAAAGUUCGCCAGCCCUUCGUCACCGGAACAGAUCGACGGGACGUCCCUUCCCUGUUGCAACCAACGUCGGCGACUGCUCUGGAUUUCCUCUCCGCUGAGACAUAGCACCGGAGUGAGUCUCAUCGGGUAGGCGUUCUCUCGCCUGGAGCGUGUUGUUAUAUUUACAACCAGCGCACUGCUUAAACUAUAACGACGCGAGCUGAAGACGGCCCUUCACUCAAGCUUGUCUGGAUUAGUAGUAACGUCAAACUCUUUAAUAAUGGAUGAUCGGUUGGAUACUGCGGAUACAUGUGCGUGCGCGACUACUGCUGAGCUCAGUAAGGCAGUGUCAGUGUCCUUGGGUUUGGAUACAGUGUCUUCUCCGCUCAGCAGCAUGAACUUCGACUCCACUGUGGAGAGUAGUUCCCGUGGAGUGCCGGAGUUAGGAGCGGCUCGAAAUAUUCUGCUGGAUGACACUAACCUUAGAGAGGACGACUUUGGAGAGGUGUGCCAUGGCGCACAGCAGGUGAGCUGCAUGGAUCUGCUCAGAAGGGGCGAAAUGGACAGGGAGCAAACCGUGAUGCGCGGCCCGGUGAUAUCCAGAUAUGUCUGCAAGGAAUCAAACUUGUUUAUGAACCCGGUGGCAGAGCUGCCCGCGCCCUCUCAGGUGGACGAGCUCUUACCUUUCAAACCAUACUCUGCGUACUCUGCCAAUCCAAACCUAUACAGAGAUAAUAUGUGGUGCGCAUACAGUGGCCGAUCCGAGCCAGAGAGAGGUGGAUCCGGCGCACAUAAUUUAUUGUGUAAAUAUUGUAAUUGCGGACAAACCUCUCUUGGAUCCAGGCAGGAAUGCCAUUGCGUCUGGUACAGCAAGCGUGAGCAAGGUGGAAAAGAUGGCACGCAAUCAGCGAUGUCACAAGGGUAUGGCCAAGUGCAAAGUUACCAAAGUGCAAUUCCUCAAGGGCACGCCACUUUUUCCACAAUCAAGACCGAACCUUCAGUUUGGGUGGACUGCACAGAUCGCAGUUUCAGGCAUGAGGAUUUGUUUCCAGGUGUGUACCUGUCAGACAGGAGAGUGUGUCAGGUGUGCGGUGAUGAUGCCUCAGGUUGUCACUAUGGAGCGGUCACCUGUGGCAGCUGCAAAGUAUUCUUCAAGAGGGCUGCUGCAGGUAAGCAGAAUCACCUGUGUGCCAGCCGGAACGACUGCACCAUCGACAAACUGAGGCGGAAAAACUGUGCCUCGUGUCGUUUGAAGAGAUGCUUCAUGUCGGGAAUGAGCCUUAAAGGUCGUAGGCUAAAGGGAGCCAGACAGACAAGGAAUGGAGAGGAGGAGCAACCUUUGGCUCCCUGGGGGCCUGGAGAAAGAGGAGAAAGGGCCGGGAAGAAAGAUGUCAACUUGGAGCCUGGAAGUGCAGCUGCCAGGGCUCAAACAGAAUCCCAAGCCCUGGCUCCAGGCAUCCCUCCGACCCUGCGCUCCUGCCUCACCCUGCUCAGUGUCUUGCAGGCUAUUGAGCCAGCUGUGGUCAAUGCCGGACAUGACCCUGCCCAGCCAGACAGCCCUGCGUCCUUGCUCACCAGUCUCAAUGAGCUGGGGGAAAGACAGCUGGUAACCGUGGUGCGCUGGGCCAAGGCAAUACCAGGCUUCCGUGACCUGCAUGUGGAUGAUCAGAUGUCAGUGAUUCAGUUGUCAUGGAUGGGAGUGAUGGUUUUCGGCCUGGGCUGGAGGUCCUACACCCUUACUAACAGCUCCAUGCUCUACUUUGCUCCAGACCUGGUCUUCAAUGACCAGCGGAUGCAAGUCUCCAGUAUGUAUGAAGACUGUGUGCGGAUGAAGCUGCUCUCCCAAAGGUUCUGCAUGCUGAAGGUCACCCAGGAGGAGUUCCUCUGCAUGAAGGCCCUGGUCCUCUUCAGCAUCAUGCCAGUGGAGGGCCUGAAGAGCCAGCAUUGUUUUGAUGAACUGCGGACCUCCUACAUCAAGGAGCUGGACCGCUUGGCCAGCCACCGAGGAGAGACCACCCGUACACAGAGACUGUUUCAGCUCACGCAGCUGCUGGACUACCUCCAAUCGGUUGUGAGGAAGUUACACCAGUUCACCUAUGAUCUGUUCAUCCAAGCCCAGUCCCUGCAGACGCGUGUCAACUUCCCGGAGAUGAUCUCGGAGAUUGUGAGCGUUCAUGUGCCCAAGAUCCUCUCAGGCAUGGUCAAGCCCAUCCUUUUCCACAACACAGCCUAGCGAGAAGUCUCGGUGAUAGUUCUAUAUGUCACUUGAGCUCUGGCACCCAGUCCUUCGAUCAUUUCUGGUAACACUGAGGGUUUAUGAUUUUAUGAGGUGAAAGAAGUAUAAGCCCCGUUUCACCUACAGGGUGAGAUAGGGGCACAGCGAGGCUAUGAGCGGACAUUAUCAGAAGGGCAUACAGCACAUUCUUCCAGUCUAUUGUAAUCUAAUUGUAUCUGCUCUGUUCUUCUCACCGCCUGUUAUCUGUAUACAUCAAAUGUUUCUGGAACUGAUUAAAACACUUUUUCGCAUGCAUUCCUCCACACGAGCCCAUGAAUGGCCAACCACCUGCCAUGUAGACUUCUUAAUAUUGAUAACUGACAACAUUUAAUUUUGAGAGGUAAAAAAAAAAAACAUGUUUGCAGAGUUCACAUCACCAUAGCUUGUCGAUGUGCAGUAGUAUGACAUUUGGACUAGCUUUUUCCACAAUGAAUGUUAUUGUGUGCACCUGAGAUGAACAAAGUUGUUGAGUGACAGUUAAUAAACGGUUAUGGCAUGCAUGCUAAGAAGCAAAGCUGUCUCGCCUGAAGGCAUAUAAAAAAACAUUUUUGAAAGCUGUUCUCAUACAUAGAAAUAAUAGUCGACAUAGUCGUUUUAGGUGUCGACAAAAGAAAUACACUUAAAAUAAACUGCAAGUGACUGCAUUAAUGCAAAUGUAUAUUUAUGAAUAUUGUGAUGUCAAAAGGUCACACCAAAAACAAUGAAGAAAAUAACACACAAAGUACUCGAAUGACUCAUUAGUUGACUAACACUGGGUGACUUUUUUUUUUUUUUUUAAGUUUGCUUGUUUUUGAGUGUGAAACAUUAUUAUAAGUACAAUUUUUCCAGAGUGGACAUUUCAUACUGUUGUAACUUUUCUACUGUUUCCUAAAGUGUUCUUUGUAAGUAUUUUGUUGUGUAUCGUCAUGUCUCCAUUGUAGCUUCUGAAAGUUUUGCUAAACGUUAAAGCCAGCCAAGAAUCUGCUCAUUUGUUGCAACAUUGACAGCUUAACAUGUAAUAAAACUGAAGCAUGACUGUGUAUCUGUUUGUUGAUGAUGAGAGCAGAGUGAAAGAAAUGCACACUGUCGCAUUGUAGCACAAAUCUCAGUGUGGUCUCUUUUGAGUGCAUGCAAAUGAUAAUACAAUAAUCUUCCCAUUUUCUUC